AUGUCAUCUAAAAGUGAAUUAACAAAAACAAUCGAAUCUCAGCAAUUACGAAUAACACGUCUCGAACAACGUUUUGCUGAUGUUGUUACUGCUUAUAAAAAUUUACAAAAAGAAAAAGAAGCACUUGAAUCUACUGUUCGAGUAUUAUCAUCUCCAGCAUCAUCCACUAUAUCGAGUAGAGAAUCAACAGUUGGAGAAAAUGAAACAAAUUUAAGCACAAAAGAGGACAAUGGAUCCGGUAGUGAAGUAGACAAUACUCAUACACAAUCUGAACAACAGAUAUUUAAAGAAAAACUUCAAACAUUACAACAAAAUGUUACUAUUAUCACAGAACAAAAACAACGUAUGGAACAAAUGUUUCAAUCAGACAAACGCAAACUUAAAAUCGAAAAUGAAGAAUUAAAAAAAUUACUCGAAGAAGCCAAAGCAGAAAAUAUAAUUAUUAAAGAAAAAUCUGACAACGAAAUUAAAGAGUUGAAAAAAUCAUUACGUCAAUCUCAACGUGACCAUGAACGUGAAACAGCUGAUCAUGGUGUUAUGCUACGUGAAUUACAAACACUUCUCUCCACAGAACGUAAUAAAUCUGAAACAAUGGAACAUCAAUUAGACGAAAGUCGAGCAAAAGUAGUUACACUUGAAAGUCAAUUUGAUACAUUAAAAAAACAAUAUAAUAAUCUAAAUAAUCAACAUCAAACAAAAUUAAAUGAAUUAAAAGGAAAAGAUUCAAUUGAUUUCGAAGAAUUGAAACGAUCAAAAGAAAAUAUUGUUCAAUUAACAUCAAAAAUAAAAGAUAUGGAAAUCAAGCAUGUUGAACAAUUACGAGUUGAAUCAAAACGAAAUCAACAAUUAGAAAAAAAACUAGCUGAUAUUAUCAGUGAAAAUGGUCAGAAAAUGUCAACAAAUGAAACACAUAUUGCUGAAUUAUCUGAACAAAUUGGUCUUAUUGAAAAACAACGUGCACAAGAUCAAAUGAUGAUUCAACGACUAAAAGAACGAAUAGCUCAACUUGAUGUUGAAAAUGCUCUAUUAACAAAAGCUUCAUCAACAUCUAUUGAACGUGAUGAUAUUAAUAUAACAAAUGAUGAUGAUCAUAAUCAUCAUGAUCUAGAUACAUUAAUGCAACGUAUAGCUAAAUUAAAAGUUUUAAUACGUGUUGCAAAUGAUCGUUUUGGUAAAUCUUUAACAAUUGAAGAUAUUCUUAAUAUUGAUCGUGAAAUGUCAUCUGGAACAACAAAUAUUAAUGGUAUAAGUUUAUCACCAGAAAAUAAUAAAAUAUUACAUAGUAAAUGUUAUGAAGAAAUUGAUAGACUUAAAAAUGAAUUAGAAAAAUAUCGAAAUAAAACUGUUGCUGUAUUUAAAGCAAAAAAUAUUAAGGUAUUAUAUACAAUAAGAAUUUGUUUUUUUGGUUAA